AUGACGAAUUCCAACUAUGAACAACUGAACAUACCUGAGUUGUUUUUUUCUCCCUGCGGCUGCGAAUUACGCCGACUACGGUACCGAAGCAACGAGAUUAUGAUUGACAGGGAAAAGAAGGAGCUUGGGACGACCGGGAUAAGCUUCAGAGAGCUCGAUUUGGAAGAUGGAGGAGAGCCCGAGGAGAGAGGAGCGGGAGACUCGAGAGGAGAGAGAAUGGAUUCUAGUUCAAACCUUGAAAGUUCAAAGAACAAUAACCAAACUGCAGAAGAUAAUGAAGAAGAUCAUGUGACUGCAGAAACUCAACAUAAAAGAAAGGAACCAGAAACAGCAAGUGGAGCAACAUCUCAACCAAAAGUAAAAAAGACAAAGAGCACAAGGUUUGAAGUAUGGGAUCAUUUCGACAAGAUUGGCACUUCAAGCCUCAAGUAUCAUCUAAAAAUUUGCAAGGAGUACAUAGCACUAGGUCCAAAACAGACUGUUAUAGAUGAUGAUGGAGGUUUAAAGCCAUUCAAAGUGCCUGAGUCCGUUAUCAGAGAAGCCACCAAUGAGAUGCUUGUAUUAGGACAGUUGCCACUAUCUUUCAUUGAGGGUAUUGCUUGGAAACACUUCUGCAAAAAGGCGCAACUGUACAAGCCUAAAUGCAGGAAAACUGCUACUACGGAUAUAGUGAAGAUGUAUAUCCGCAAGAAAGAAGAAUUGAAGAACUGGAUCGCUGCUAACAAGUUCAGAGUCUCUCUAACAACUGAUAUUUGGGUUGCUCAAGUUACAGGCGCUAGUUACAUGGCUAUUACACUUCAUGUAAUUGAUCGUAAUUGGCACUUGAAGAAACUGAUCAUAGGCUUCAAGAAUAUCUGCGAUCAUAAAGCUGACACCAUUAACACUGUUUUGCUAGAAUGUUUAGCUGAUUGGGGAAUAGAGAAAGUGUUCUGCAUUACGGUAGACAAUGCUAAUGCUAAUACCGCUGCUUUGAAGAUGUUUCGUAGAGAUUUUAGUCUAGGAUCUGAUGAAGCGUUUGUAUUGGGUGGAAAGUUCUUACAUAUGAGAUGUUGUGCUCAUAUAAUCAAUCUGAUUGCAAAUGAGGGUUUAGCUGACUUAGGUGAGAAUGUGGAUGCUAUCCGAAAUGCAAUUGUGUAUGUGAGAGCAUCUCCUCAUAGGCUGCAUGCUUUUGAGUCUAAAGUUGACUCAGGCAAGAUGACUCGUGGGAGUUUACCAUUGGAUGUGACGACAAGGUGGAACUCAACUUUUCUGAUGUUGACAAGAGCAAUGCAGUUUAGGUUAGCUUUUGAGAAGAUGAGGACACAAGAUUUGCUCUACCUUGACUACUUUGGGGAGCAUGUGAAUGGGAUUAAACGGACUGGACCUCCUGUAAGUAUGGAUUGGGAAGCAGUGAAUAGGUUAGCUGGUUUCUUGGUCAUGUUCUACGAUAGUACUUUGGUUGUCUCUGCUUCUACUGUGGUCAAUUCAUGCAAGUGCUAUUGUGAAAUCGUGACAAUAGAGAGUAAUCUGAAGUUAAAGGCUAAUAGCUCAGAUCUUCAACUGAAGGAGAAAGCUACUGAAAUGUUAGAGAAGUUUCGUAAGUAUUGGGAAGGGAUGAAAAAGCUCAACAAGAUGUUGAUUGUAGCUAGUAUAUUCGAUCCUAGACAGAAAAUGAAUUUUGCUAAGUUGUGCUUUGAGAGAUUGCAUGGGAUAGAUACUGAAGAUGCCGUAGCAUUGUACGAUUCAGUUUAUGAUUUUCUUGGCUUGAUGUUUAAAGAGUACAAGGCUCGUGCUGAAGGAGUGACUAGUACUGUGCCGACUACAUCAAAUCCGAGUCAGUCUGCUCAAGCAUCUGUUUCCAGUGGCCAAGACCAAGCAACAAACAGAAUGGAGUUGAAUUAUGAGAAAUUCAGUUAUGAGAGGAUGGAUUUUGUGUACAAGGAGAUGGUCCAAGGCACAGGAUUUGCUGAUCCAAGGGAUGAAUUGGAUAUAUAUUUAAAGGAGCCAUGCGAGAAUCCAAUUAUUAUGCUAGGGACUGAGUACGAGAUACUUGAUUACUGGAAACAUAAUCAAGGGAGAUUUCCAGUCUUAUGUGAAAUGGCCAAGGAUCUCCUUGCAAUGCAAGUGUCAUCUGUGGCAUCAGAAAGUGCUUUUAGCACUAGUGGAAGGGUCGUAGAUCCAUAUAGGAGUUGUCUUACUCACUACACGAUUGAGGUUCUGAUGUGUACAGAGCAAUGGAUCAAAGCAGAAAUUCGAUUAUCUGAAAAAACUAUGGUCACAAAUGAACAAAUGUUGGCUGCCAUUGAAGAGCUAGAUGAGCUUGAAAAAGAGUUUCAAGACAAAAGAGCCCAAGACUUGCAAGAAAAUGAUGAUGAUUGA